AUGGCAAGUAGGUUCUGGGCAGGAAGUUCGUCUUCUGAGGAAGAGAGUGAUGUGUCAGACGUGUCCGAUGUAGAGACGUCGCAGCAGCAGCAGGCUCGUGCAGCUUCGCGUUGGGCGGUGCAGUCGGACUCAGACUCGGAAGAGGAAGUCCGUGUGGUUAAGAGCGCUAAGGAUAAGGCGCUAGAGCACAUGGAACGCAAUUGCAACAAUAUCAAAAACUACAUGAAGAUCAAUGACUGGACGCAGAUCCAGACAGAGUUUGAUGAGCUGACGAAACAGUUUGAACGUGCAAAGAAGACCAUGACGACAUUGCCCACUUUUUACCUACGGACAAUGAUGACACUGGAGGAUUUCUUGGCUGAAAAGGUCAAAAACAAAGCUGAACAAAAGAAAAUGAGCAAGGAAAAUAGCAAAGCACUCAUUCGCAUGAAGGGCAAGCUGAAGAAACAGCUGGAGCCCAUGCGCAAGCAGAUUGACGACUUCCGUGCAAACCCUGUAGAAUCCAGUGAGGAGGAGUCAGAGAGUUCAUCAAGCGAGUCUAGUGAGGAAUCCUCAUCAAAGUCUUCGCCGGCUUCUUCGGAUUCGGAUAACAGCAGCGACGCAUCGGAGUCCGAGGACGAGAGCAGUGAUGAUGACAAGUCUGGAUCGGACGAGGACUCGGACGGAUCGUGGCCGAGUAAGUCGUCCUCGUCCUCGUCGUCCUCGGAAGAUGAUGACAAUAUGCCUAAGGGUCGUGCUCGAUGGUUGAAACAGACCCCUGUGGUGACCAAAGCCAAGAAGGUUAAGGGUCCUAAGAUUGUCAAACAGCGUGAGACUCGUCGUGAAUCUGAGGAUGAUGUCAAAAAGACUGUGGUGGAAGAGGAGCUUAAGCUUACUCCUAGCCAAUUCGACCGCCGUGUGAAGGAGGUGGUUGCUAUGCGUGGUAAAAAGGGUAUGGAUCUUUCGGAGCAGCUAAAUUUAAUGCGCAAGCUGGCCAAUUACGCUCACCGCCUUGGCCCGGCCCGCCAGAUUGUGGCUACCAUGUACCUGGUGGGAACAUCCGUGUUUGAUACCUCGUCCAAGAUUGACCGCGUUAUGUCGGCGCGCCACUGGAAGCAGGUGCAAACCCGCAUCUGCACGAUCCUCAGCCUUUUGGAGAAGAAUCCAGGUUUUUCACUGGCCCCACUGACGUCGGAGGACCAGGCUGACAUCGUGCGUGCUGGCCGCGAGAAGGUGACUGCUGCUCAAAUCGCAGCAGCUGCCGCCGAAGACGCUGAAGAGGAUAUGAACUUCGUAGACACGCUGCCCCAGGCCAGCAAGAAGGGCACGAUUAAGGUGUCCGGUGACCUUGCUGCUUUCGUGGACCGACUCUCUGAGGAGUACACGAAGAGCCUGCAACAGACGGACCCGCACACAAGCGAGUAUGUCGCUCGUUUGUACGACGAGAACCUGCUGAUCGCGGUUGCCGAGCGUGUACAGAUGUUUUACGCUCGAAAGAAAGACUUUGAGCGCGCUGCCACCAUGGCGCUCGUGCGUGCCGAGCUUAUAUACUACAAGCACGACUCGGUCGCUGCGGCCCUGCAUGAGGCCCAGGCGAAGCGUGCUAAGUUUGGUGACCCCGCAUUUCUUCACCCUGCGUGCACGAGCACCAACGCCAGCAAGACAAGGGAGUUUGAUGUAACGAAGACGCACCCUGCUUCUGCUAUGGGCCAACCUACUGUAGAUGUGGCCCCUGUGAACGCUGAGAAGCUGCUGCGCGAAGUGUGUCGCUUCGUGUUCCAGUACGGUGAUAUUCGCGCGAAGACGCGUGCUAUGCUGUGUCGCAUCUACCACCACGCUCUGCACGACCGUUUCCACGAGGCUCGCGACUUGCUGUUGAUGUCGCACAUUCAGGACAACAUCACGGAUGCGGACAUCCCUACUCAGAUUCUGUUUAACCGCAUGAUGGCCCAGCUUGGUCUUUGUGCCUUCCGUUGUGGCCUCAUCUGGGAGGCCCACGCUUGUCUGUCUGAGAUCUGCACGGGCUCGCGCACCAAGGAACUGCUUGCUCAAGGCCUUCAGUCGUUCCGCUUUGGUGAGCGUGACCUUGAGCAGGAGCGCUUGGAGCGUCGUCGCCAGGUACCGUACCACAUGCACAUUAACCUUGACCUGCUUGAGACGUGCCACCUGGUAAGUGCGAUGCUGCUGGAGGUGCCGAACAUGGUGAACUUGCGUCUGUCGGACCGCAAGCGCAUGGUGUCAAAGGCCUUCCGCAAACUCCUUGAAUUCCACGAGCGCCUUGUGUUUGACGGUCCUCCGGAAAAUCCGCGUGACCACGUGGUCGCUGCCGCCAAGCUGCUUGCCCAGGGCUCGUGGCGUAAAAGUGCCGAACUCCUAGUCGGUCUGCCUAUGUGGGACUUGUUCCCGGGUGUUAACGUGAACCAGCAUGUUAGGUCUAUGGUUCAGCACAAGAUUCAGGUCGAGGCUCUGCGAACGUAUCUACUGGCAUUCAGCGCCGAAUACGACUCGGUGAGCCUUGCUCGGCUUAUGGCGAUGUUCGAACUUGACGACAAGACGGUGCACAGCGUUGUGUCUAAGAUGAUGAUCAAUGAGGAGCUCCAGGGAGCUUGGGACCAAUCCUCGCAGGCCAUUAUCUUGUACAAGACGGAACGCUCGACGUUGCAAACCCUGGCGGUGCAGUACUCGGACAAGCUUUCGCAAAUUGUUGAAAACAACGAGCGCAUGAUGGACCUGCGCUCGGGUACGGGCAAAGAGGAGUGGAACAACCGCCGUGGCGGUGGCGAUGGUCGUCGAGGUGGAGGUGGACGUAUUGGCUUCAGUACUGGCGGUGGUCGUCGUGGUGACAAUCAGAGCGGACGCGGUGGUUUUCGGCCUCGUCGUGGCGGCGGUGGUGGUGGUCGUGGUCCCCGGCAGCAACGCCAGUAG